ACGAUCUAGUUCCAUCACUUGAGAAUUCACCUAGGAGCAGCAGGGGUAUAAAAAAGACAGCUCGUGGACAUUUACCGAUAAAUACUUCAAGUAAUACUUGAGUCCGGCCGUUAAAAAAGAGAAAUUUGUUUAUUCUGAAAGCACAGAGGCAAGCUGUUGCACUAUGGACCCCAGUAAGUCGAGUGCUCCUCCAGCGGGAUGGGCUGGGUCUGGUGAGAAGACUUCCAUGGGCCACGCGCCCCCUCCGCCCUACCAGGACCAACCGUACCCGGGUAACCCACAGCCCGGCCUGGCAUACCCACAACAGCAGCAGGGCUAUGCACCGCCGCCACAGUAUGGGGGUGCAGGAUAUGGACAACAGCCUUACCCAGGACAGCAGUUCCCAGGACAGCAGUUCCCAGGACAACAGUUCCCAGGACAACAGGCCACCGUCACUGUCCAGCCCACAGUGUUCGUGACUCGUGGCCCGCUGCUUAACCCGGUUAACGACUACUUGUGCUACUCCAUCUUCACUAUGCUGUGCUGCUGCUUUCCACUUGGAAUUGCUGCCCUCAUCUACUCCAUCUCAGCCCGUGAAUCCAACCACAUUGGGGACCAGCUGGGGGCAGAGCGAAGCAGCAGGAUGGCCCGGACACUGAACCACGUGGGCCUGGGACUCGGCAUCGGUGUCCUCAUCCUCUCCAUUGUCUACGUGGUGGUGUUGGCAUCUUAACCUUUUAGUCACCGGGUGGCUAAAAGGACUUUUGAAAAGUUACUGAUAUAUUAAUCAACAAUAAAAGGCCAUGUAAUCCAUUACUCUUCAGCACUGUAAAGAGUAACCUUCAAUUUUCUAUAUCUCUUUAAUUUCUUCAGCAUUAUUUUGUGUUUGGGAUUUUCUUCUAUCAAAAGUCAACGUUUUCUGUUUAUGACAUUCGAAAUACUUUGGUCAGUUUUGCUCCACCAUAUAUACACAAUACAGGUGUUAUCCAAAGAGUUUUACAUUGUUGUUUUCUAAUAGCAAAUGAUUAUCAAUACACAGUAUGUAGUGCCACAUUUGAUGUUGAGUUGAGUUUUGUGUAGUUUUGCAAUUGAAAGAGAUGUGUCCAAUUGUACAAUGAAUUAAAUAUUUCUGCCCUUUCAACAGAAUUGUUGGCUGUAAAUGUGCACUAACACCCUCUAACUUUCUUAAUGCUAACAAAGAAUAGCAUUUAAAAAUAAAAAUAAAAAGGAUACUUGAAUAAACACAGAAGAAGAAAUUGGCUUUGUUAAGCUCAUGCCGAGCAAAUAAAAGAUGGAUCUGGUCUAAGAGUGCACACUACAAGGUCAUUUACAGAUAUUUUAGAAUUGCACCAAAGUCCUCCUCUUACUUCCAGCUGUGUGUGAAUGCACAACUUCACACAAAAUCGGCAAAAAAAAUUUAAAGCGUAGUGUGUUGUGUAUGGCCUGGGGUUUGCAUGUUAUGUACCUUAAUGUCUGAAUGUCAAUUUCUUAACCAAAGCUGAAAAAGGAAGCUUUUUCUGUAUAUCAAAUUUUCUUUAUAAGCAAAAUUAAAGUAUAAUGAGA